AUGCAACAUACAGCCAUGCUCAGGACAGGAUACCGUCUCCUCUCUAGACCACUCCGCAGCUCAACAAACCAUACCGCAAGACUACUAUAUUCAACAGCACCAUCCCCACCACCCGCAGGAAGCAAGACCGUCCCUGCCACCUUCCAAGUCUUCAAUCGCGAGACAAAGAGGCUACAGAAGGAACGCGCAGCCAGCAACGCCGUGCAAAGCAGACAAGUCGACUAUGUCAAGGACGAGGUCGCAUUUCGUGUCGUCGACCGUCUCUUGGACAUCAAACGCGAGUUCAACGAAGUGGUGGAGCUGGGAUCAGGAUGCGGUCAUAUCGCCAAGCACGUUGACACGGAUAUGAUGAAGAAGCUGAUCAUGUGUGACAUGUCCGAGACUAUGCUUAACCGCGACAGAGAUGUCGAGUACGAAGUCCCGGUUGAAAGGCGCAUUGUGGACGAGGAAAAUCUACCCUUCCCUGAAAACAGCUUGGAGUGUGUUGUGAGCAGUUUGUCGAUGCAUUGGAUCAACGACCUCCCUGGCGCCAUGAUCCAAAUCCAGCGAAGCUUGAAGCCUGACGGCGUGUUCAUCGCAGGACUCUUUGGGGGCGAUACUCUCUUUGAGCUUCGGACGUCGCUUCAAUUGGCAGAGCAGGAUCGGGAAGGAGGCAUCUCGCCGAGAGUGUCGCCAAUGGCUGACAGUCGCGAUCUGGGAAGCCUUCUCUCCCGCGCAGGAUUCACACUCACCACUGUCGAUGUGGACGAGGUCACUGUGAAUUAUCCCAGUGCCAUUGAGUUGAUGGAGGAUCUCAGAGCCAUGGGCGAGAGCAACGCGGUCCUCAACAGGUAUGUUCGUCGUCAGAGCUUUGGGGAGGACUAG